AUGAAAUGUAGGCUUUCGACACGUCAGAAAGUCUUGGUGAGACGGGGCUUCAAAUUCCGUUCCAAGCCAAAGUUUCCAUCACCGGUGUCGGACAAGGAAAUGCCUGAAUUUUCGCAAAGCAAAUCUGCUUGGUCUAAAUUUAGCAAAGCUUAUGUUGAUCUUCUUUGCUCGGGUGUCUUGGUUGGGGGUACUCUCAACCAGUACAAGAAACACCCACCUCGACGGAAAUAUGCCAAACGGGGUGAGGGGAAUAGCAAUACUCUGGGCGAACAAACCCGGGAUUUGAUUGCUGUUUUGAAGCAGUGCCUCAACAAUGAACCUUCACUGGAGCAUUUGUGGUCGCCCCUACAGGCCACUGUCGCCCAGACGGUGCCUCAUAGGACCAAAAAAAGUGGGCCCAAGAAAAAGAAACUGAAAAGCGUCGGCUCCAAACCUCCUGCUGACACAUGCGGGACUGAUGAAAGGGUUCUGUGGUGGACUGAUGAAACCGGUCACAAGAGAGCGUAUACCAUCAACCAAAGAGGGUGGUGGACUUGGGUACCUGAUGUUCCGACCUCAGCAAGCCAUCAUCAUCCUGCCAACAGAGCGGCUGGUCACAAAGGCGAGCCGAACCAAGGUAGACUUGGCACUUGGAUUUCAGGGGUGAGGUCCACUGAUUGGGCUACUCAGCCUGUUCCCAAGCUCAUUUCUUUCCCUAAAAUUCGUGACUCCCUGAAACUUGGACAAGAGAUUGAAGGGAAUGUGGUUGAGAUAUGGAGCCCGGAUGUCCUUGAUGAGUUGAACACCUUGUGGUCAUGUUUUGGAAAAACUGAGGGUUUGACCGCCAUCCUCUUUGGAGAGGCCAGAGCCCAGAAUCCUGAGGCCACCUCGGCCAGGUUGUCAGUGACCCGAGGGUCGUUUGGACCAAAGCUUGAAGAAGGUUCGCUCUUGCGGAUUGGUCCUGGCCAAGGUCCUUGGCUCCCCGGCAGCAAGAAAGUUGACAUCAGCACCAUCCCUACGGUGCAAAGGGAAACCUUGCGAGUUGCUGCUCCAAGUUUUUUCAGGGUCCCCUUUAUCGGAGACCGCCGAGAAGACUCCCCAACCUUGAUUGUGCAAGCCUUAGCAAGUCUUGCUGAGGCACCUCUGCAUGAUUUUUUAGGGGGGCGCUGGAAUGCCCAAGAAACGAAGGAUGGCAAACAGCUUGUGGCUUUUUUACGCCUGAAGUCUUCCACUGUGGCUAAACUGAAGCCUUUGAGUGGCCAGUCUGGUUUGUUUUUCACUCAUAUUAACCCCAAAGACAAAACGGAGUUUCAUCCUUUUUGGAUCCAGAGGAAUUCCCAAGAAAAUGACGAAACCUACUUCAGACGUGUUGCGGCGUUACAAAAGGAGCGUGCACAACCUAUGAUUUUCAGGUUUGGCUCUGGUGCUAACCUUGGCUUCUGCAAGAGACCCAGGGAUGUCCCCCCGGAGAAAGUCAGGAUGCAUGUUGCUCAGGGCGUCCCCCGGGCUUGGGGGAUUGGUGACUUGGAAUCAUUUUUGCACUCUCAGGCAUGGUCUGAAAUCUCUGACCUUGUCCGUAAGCGAAACUCAUGGACUUUUCGGGCAAAGGCUCCGAAAGACAAUGCCACCACAGCAUCUUGGCAUUACGACAUCGGAUCUUCUGACAGCACAGACUGGACGAUCACGAUCCAGGUUGCGGUCCGGGCCCCUCAGGCUCCUCAGAAGAAUGUUUCCUUGCGAGGACCCAGGCGAGAAGUCACCUUGAAAGAGUUUUGGCCUGCAGCUAAGGUUUCCGAUCCUGAGGAAUUGCCCCUAGCGAAGUCUCCCACUGACUCCCAAAAACCAGCCGGUGUCUCGCCAGCUGCAACUGAGGGUGUCCGUAGCAGUGCUCGUGACCGCAGUCAACGCAGCAGGUCACCAAAGCGAUCUGAUGAGGUCGCUCCUACUAUCCCUGAUACUCAGGAAGACGAGAGCAAAGAAGAUGAAAACAUUGAAAAAAACGAGGAGAGUAGACCUCCCAAAAAACAGCGUUUGGUUGAACCCAGUGACCCUCAAGAGGCCCUCAGCAGUUUUGGGUGGCAGCAGUGGGACCAGCACGGAAAUGGUGACUGCUUUUUUCGACAUGCAAGCGUUUUUGUGAACAAGGCCAACACUCAACCUGCUGUCCAGGAUAGUCAGCAUCACGCGGCAUGGAUCAGAGCGCAGACUUGUCAGCAUAUCAAAAAACAUUCACGUAGGUAUGCGGAGCUUUUUGCAGGAAAGUCUGCUUUUGAUGCUUGGCUCAAUAACGCAGCCAAGCCCACCAGUUGGGCUGAUGGCCGCACCAUCCAGGCGGCCAGUGAGAAACUUGGUUGCCCAGUGGUGAUUUGGAAUAAGGAUGGGAACACGUACACUCGAUACGUGAUUGCACCCAAGUUCAGCCGAGGUUUUGCCUGUGGUAGUACCGGUUGCAACCCCAUUUGCCUUCUUCUCACUUCCAAACAUUACACUGCCCUGUUGCCUCCCCCUACCGGUUCCGUCCCUCACAGUUGGCUUCGCGAAACUCCGGAUGUUGUGAUUGAUCUCUCUGGCGGAGUUGGUGGUGUUGCCUCGGGUUCCUCUGGGCUUGCGUCUGUUGGGCCUUCUCCCCCGUCUGUGCGCGCGGGCGGCUCUCCUUCCCAGAGGACUUCCUCCUCUGCCGGCACCCCCUCUGUGCACUCCCUCGCCUCUCCUGCUCCUUCCGUGGUUCAGGGUUCGGCGGGGCGGGUUGGUGGUCUGCUUGGCUUCUGUGCGGCUUCGUCCUCGCGUUCCCCCUCCGUGCACUCCUUGGUCAGGUCUGCUGCGUCUGUCCGCCCUGGCGUUUCCGGUGCUGUCCCCUGUGUUGCUCUGCCCCCGGUCACGCCCGUGCCCGCUCGGAGUUCUUGCCCUUCGGUCCCUACUCCGUCCGUCCGAUCGGUCGCUCCGGUUCGCCGUUUGCGGUCUAAGACCUUCUGUGCGGACGCUUCUGAGUCGCGCUCGUGUCUUUCGUCGGGUCAUCGCUGUGUGAGCGCCGCCGGUCCUGUGUCUGGUCCUGUCACCCCGUCCGUCCACUCGGUCGUUGAUCCUGCCUGCCGUCGCCCUGCGCGUGCGUCUUCUUUGUCCUCUCUUUCUUUGGGCCCCCCUCCUGAAAGUGAUUCCCCGCAUUCCAGUGUUGACAAAGGUGGGGGGAGUAGAAAUUGUACCCGUAAGAUUAAAUGCUUGAGUCCUGAAGAGAUUGCUGCUAUUCCUACGGUUGAUUUGCCCGCGGAUAUUAAAAAGUGGUGGACCUGUGAUAUUUGCGGAUAUCAAAUUUUUCGCCACGUCGAAGACAAACCUGAAAUCCAUCGCACAAGGAGAAAACAUCACCUGCGGAAGAAACACGGCAUUUCUUGUAACAAUGUACCUGAAAUUGUUGCGGACCCCGCACCUGUGGGUUCUGCUAUUUCACCAUGUGAGAAGUUUGCCCAGGUUUUGUGCGAAGUGCUCAAUUCUGAGAAGUGGCCAGGUCUCCAUCAGGUGAAUCGCCCUGUCAAGCGCAAGGGCGCCCGAAACUUGGACUGGCCAUGCGAGGCUUGUGGAAAAGUUUGCCGACAAGCUCAAUUGGGUUCUCAAAUUUGUAAGUCUUCUGAUGGCGACAAGGUCCCCCAAGAAAGUGUCAGGCAGAAACUCCUCAAAAAAUGCCAGAAAAAGGCUAGACAGAUUCUGCAGCAAAAGUCGCAGGAGCGCACUAAACAGUUGAAGGACAUCCAUUUACGACAGGAACAACAGCGGUUUGUCCAUGCGAAGCAGGUCACGCCUGCGCCUUUGUUUCAAGGACUGCCGGUUUUUCCAGCGGGGAACAGGGACGGGACUGUUUGGUGGAGCUGCUCCUUUUGUGAUUUUAAGGUCAUUCAUGGAGAGCAAAGGCAUAAAGCGUCGAAGAGAAUCUACCACUUGACUUCUGUCCAUGGGAUCAAAAGUAAAGAUAUCCCUAAACUUCCCAAAACCGGGUUUAGACCUACGGGGGUUUUGGCUACUAUCGACACUGUUCAAAAGCGAUGGGUCCGGCAGCUUGAACUCUUCAAGAAGGUUCGCUGGGCUGCUGCUCAUGAUUUGUCGCCUGAACCUACGGCUGUCUACCAAACCAGGCAUUCCAAAAAUGGAAAGCGUUACACCUCCAAGAAAUUUACUUGUCUCAAAUGUUCCUGCUUUACCAGAAGUUCUGAAAUCCCUGCGGCUAUUUGUUCCGCGGCCCAAAAAGGUCGCCUCCCUAGCCUAGCCAAGCGCAAGGCACUGUGGCAAAAGUGCCGCGAAGAAGCAGCCAAGGAAAUCACUAUUGAUUUUUGCCAAAAGGAUAACCAAUCCAACAAACGAAAACUUGGAUUUGAUUCUGGAAAUUCUUUCCCUAACAAACGUAUGGUUCCUUCUUUCAGUAAAAAAGCUGACGGCAGUGCUGCCACGGGUCGGGGCCUCCGUGCUGUGCGGGUUGGAGAAGCUAAGCACCCGGGCCCGUCAGGCGACCAUGGUGGCAAACUCAGAUGUGUGGCUUGGAACAUCAACUCCUUCCGAAAUCAUUUCGCGGCUAUGUGUCAGGAAGCUGAGGCAGUCAAUGCUAAUGUGAUCUUUCUCCAGGAAACGGGGAUCACUAGAGGCCAAAUGGUUUCUGCCAUGCACUUGGCCCGUAGGCACGGCUGGCAGCUCAGUGGAACGCCAGCAGGGGCCGUUGCCGAUGGCGGUCGUGGGGGCACCGCAAUUUUGGUCAAAGAGCCUUUGGCCCUAGCGGAUAUCCAUUCCACCACUGAAACUUGGGGUCAACUUCAGGUUGCCGAGAUCCUUGGACACAAAGUCCCCAUUACUGCUAUUAACGGGUAUAGACGGCCCCAGCAGGCGCUUGAUGCCCCCAAUGAAGCGCUUAUGGAAAGUUUUUGUCGGAAUCAGCACAAGCAUUGGGUUUUUGCUUGCGAUUGGAACUUGGACCCUGCCAGUGAUCCUUUAGCAUCUGUGAUGACUUCCUUUUGUGGUCAGCUGGGUAGCUCUUCCGGUCACAAACGCAGUACUCAUCCCACGGACUCUGUUUGGUUUUCUCAGUCUCUCAGUUGUGAGAAGCAAUCGCCCAUGGAUGCUCUCUCCGACCAUUUUGGCUCCUUUGUUGAGUUAGGCCAGAUUCCCUGCUUAGAUCCGUCCCCUCCUGCAUGGAUUUUCAAGUCGGUGGCUCGUUUCCAGGACAAUUGUGAUCUCCCUUCCGCUGAUGACGCUGCUCAGGCUUGGAACCAAGUCAGCACACCGUCUGAGGUGUGGGAAGCGUUGGUUCAACAGGAUAUAAAUGAUGCCUGGUCUACCUGGUCCUCUGAUGCGGAAGCUUUUCUGAAAAGAAUCGGUGCAGUCAGCCAUGAAAGCAGUGCUGCGCAAAGAGGGUCCUUGCCCACUCUGGUUAGCGGCCCCUCCCGACAUGGCCCUGGUCAAAGCAUCACGGAGAGGCGCCUCAGACGUGUGAUCCGCAGAUUGGACGAAGCUCAACGGCACGUUCACAACGGCACCUCGGUCCCUACCAAUUUGCAGAGAACCUGCCAGAGAAAUUGCAACCAAUUUGGGUGCGGAGCUGAUGCGCAAGCCCACAGGUGGGGGGCAUGCCUCAAGGAGCUUACGGAGCAACUCAAACUUCUCCUCAAGCAGUCCAAUCUGCAUGCACUGCAAGGCUGGCGGCAGAAGGUGCAAACUUAUGAAGGAGCCUGUGCUUGGCUCCGAAAGCAAGCUCCGCCCUCUUGGGCCCUCACGAACGAUGUCAAGAACACUUCUGGUAGAAGUCAAGGGGCUGCGUUUUUAUUUGAGUCUUGGAAGAAUAUUUUCUGCGGGCCCGAAGGCUAUGAGCCCAAGGCUGAACCUUUUGUCCAAGCUUAUGCAGCUUGGAUCCCGCACAAUCCGGAGCUGGUUACUCCUGAGCUUACUGCCCAGGGUCUUAAGGAUACCGUCCGCCAGAUGAGACGGAAGGCUGCUGGCCCGGACCAAUGGUCUGCAGAAGCUUUGCUGCUGCUACCCGACAUGGCUUGGGAGCGAUUGACGGAGAUGCUGUUGCAAGUGGAACAGGUAGGAAAGUGGCCUGCCCCGCUGGUGCAGUGGCGGCUGACAUUUCUACCCAAGGUUUCUGCUGACAAAACUGGUGUUACCCAUGUGGCCAAGGUGAGGCCGAUUGCAAUUGGAUCCCUCAUCUACAGGGCCUGGUCCAAGCACAGGUUCGCCCAGAUCAGCCCAGGCCUGGUUGGCUUGCUGCAUCAGCGUCAAGUUGGGGGGUUGCCAGGCAUUGGCGCCGAAAUGAUGUUGGCCGCUCUGCAAAACCAAACUGAUGCCGCCACUCACCCUUACGGCAUGAGUUUGGAUUACAAGAAAGCUUUUGAUUCGGUCGACUAUGUCAUUUGUCUUCGUCUCUUCGAAGCACUCGGCAUCCCGGGUCCCAUCCUCAAAGCGCUCGGGGCGGCUUGGGAUCAGCAGACAAGGUGGGUCACAUAUGGCCAAUGUGUCCACCCUCAACCUAUUGUGCAUUGCCCAGCUUUGCUUCAAGGUGACCCUUUUGCUCCUCUUGGCAUGGCUGUCAUCUUGGCACCAGUGCUUCGCCAACUGCAAGCUCUUCACCCAGACAUCUUCACAGUCACUUACAUUGACGACAGGACUUGUUUGUGCCCGACUGUUGCUGAUCUUGAUGUGGUCAACAACGUUUGGUCUACCAUGGAGUCCUUUUUGCGGCUCCGCACGAAUGAGGAGAAGAGUCAAAUCUGGGCUCGCUCUCCUGAGGCUUUGGCAAAGUUGGAUAACACCCACUAUAGCUCCAAUGCCAGCUUCACCAUGCAGGUCCUUGGGGCUACGCUUGGUUCAGCGGAACGUGCUCUCUCUGACCGUGAGAGGGACACGUUGCAAGAUGUCGCUCGUCGUUCAAGGCGCAUUGCUUGUUUGCCUGUGAGUGCUCGCCUCAAAGGUCGCCUGGCAGCCACCGUGUUGGGGCCCAAAGCAGUGUGGGGCCAUGUGAUCAACGGUCGCUGCCCGACCCAGAAGGAUAAUGCCUGUUUCUUCCGCCACUUCAAGGCGGCGACAAGUGACAACCGGUUCGUCAAAGGGCGCUCGUCCAUGGACCUCAAGCGUGCUUUCUUCUUUGGUCACACAUGCGACUUGGCCUUUUAUGGGGCCCUCCGCACCAUCAGCUCGGGUUUUGCCUGGGCACGCCACUGUGCCAGUUUGGGUGAGAACUGUCGGUGGAGCCCGUCUACGGUGGUUUGCCUCAAUAGCAUCCUGCAAGACUUGGGUUGGUGUGCUCAUAGCAAUGCAGUCGGCCAGAGCGGGGUUGUCCCAUGCAUCCAUUUUGGGGCUGUGAAAGCUGAAGUUGACAAAUGUCUCCAUCAUAUUCGAGAUCUCUUGGUGCAGAUGGGCAAAAUCCGGGCAGCCGAAGCUGCUCGGCGCUUGGCACCUGUGGGUGCUGGCUGCUAUGAGUUUAUCGAGGGUCUUUUGAACCUGUUCCUUCGCGAUGUUCCGGUGUCAGCGCAAAUGACGAUGAAGAUGAUUCGUCAAGUGAGGGCUGACGUAUCUCGUCUCCAGACCAAUCUGCAGGAGCUUGACAAGACGGUGGAUGUUCUCCGGCCAUUCCCAACUAUUUAA